CAGUUUGAAUCUGAUAGUAGCAGUGGAUGUAUUUUACUGUUGUAUUCUGUGAUAUUGUCCAGGUCAAUACGAAAGUAAGUGAUGCUCUAGUAAAUGAUAUUUAACCCUUUAAGCCCUAAUAUUCACAUACAAAAUCUUCAAACUAAUACUAGAUGUUUCUUCAAAGAAUUAGUUGAGAGAAUUUGAUAAAAAAAAAAAUCAAAGCAUUUUCCUUUCAAUGAUCAUUUCUUUAUUUCUCAUAACCUUUAGUUUUGAUUUUGUAUCGAUAUCGUGAGGAGAAAGUUGAUGUUGGUCACUCUUGGGACUUAUAGGGUUAAAUGAAUGAUUUAGAUGUAGCGUAUCCACAUGGUUGUUCUUCGUCUAUUACUCCUGAUAAGGAUUGUCAUUUAGUGCCGGGGGGCGGCCAUUUCCCCCGGCUGUUAUGAGUAUGACCCCUGGCCACUUUCUUAGGACAAAAAAGGAAAUAGAACCAAAGAACCUCCUAGCUGUUAAAUCCCCGCCUUCUAAUAAGUGCAUAUGCACGGCACAUUGCUUAUCUUGUCACUUACGUUGCAUCUCAUGCUGGCAUUUUGAGCUGAUCUUUGCGGAUCAGGUGUUUUAUUCCAAUCUUUGCGGAUUCUGGCUCCCACCCCCUCCCUCCCCUUUUUGGGUUUGUCCGUUGGUAAGUAUGGGGUCAGGUGAAUAUUUUCCAGUGAAUUUCCUUCAGUGUGACGGUGCCAGUUGGCGGCUGCAUGCAGGGGUGGUUCCCGCUUGCAGGGUUGCCAUGGAUACCUCCUUGCUAUGUCUGAGGCGCUCAGGCUCCCGUCCAACCAUUAAGGCACCAGUUCUCAAGUUCAUCUAUUGGCGAUGAGUUUAACGGCAAAUAGUUGACUAGGGGCAAAGAAGUAUCAAUGUCAGUAGAAAUCGAGAGUAAGCCUUUGUGUUAUAAUUUCAAGAAAAAUAAUCUGCUAGUAUUAUAUUGUAAGUUUAAUGUAAGGGAGCUUCUGGUGAUUUUUAUCAAGUAUUUAGUGGCCUUUAACUUUUCUUGUUGUUGUUGUUUAAGAGUGAUAUCUGAUAUGGAUGAACCUCAAGGCAGGCUGAUGGGUGCUCACGGCUACUGCACGCAGGUUAGAUUUUCAAUGCAGUGCCUGUAUACUACAAUCUUUUUCAUUUACGGGUAUCAAUCUGACGACGACGACGAGGAUGAUGAUGAUGAUGAUUUCCCUGACGUUAAUCUUAAAUGGAAUGGAUAGUCUUUGUAGGUUAUGCCUUCGCGUGCCUAUUUCUUUUAAUAGAAUGUUCAAUAUUAUAAUUUUUUUGUAUGUCUGCUAACACCAUUCUUAGCGCAGUUUUCCCAGGUGCGGUGGUAAGGUGUUCCCUUAGUCCCUUGAUGUAUCAUACAAGUGUUUGUUACUUUGUUUGGUUGUCUGUUUCCGUCUUUCUUUCGUUCUUUCUUUCGUCCAGUUUGAGCUUCUUUUUCAUUAAUUGCAGCAAAAGUCUCAUUCUCGUUCUUAUUACAUGUAUUGUCCUUUACAGGAACUGGUGAACUUGUUAAUAACUGGAAAGGCUGUCUCAAACACAUUCGAUAACAUCAUGGAAGUUGAUACAGGGGGUUCGAAAAAGGUGUAGUAUUUGAGACGAUGUCAUGAAGGAUAUUUUUCAUCGUGGUUAAUGUGUUUAAAGGGUUCCGUUUAUCGUUUGUCCCAAGAUUGUCACUACUGAUCGCUACUUACUUAGGUCCUCGUCAGGCGAUAAAGUUGAUUUCCUGAGUGAGACUGUUUGUACCCCACCCCCAUGGUUGUUAAUGAUUCGUGUACAGUCACCUCCGUUUUACGGACACCUCGCUAAUUCGGGACACUUUCUAUGGCUCCCUUAGUAUUCACGCGGUUUGGCUGUAUCACGCACCUAAAGCGACUUUUACUGAUAUGUGAAAAUUUUCCUUGUCCUCGGAGAAAAAAAGCCCUUACUUUUUCUCUUAAUUCAACUCGUGUAAUACGAACACCCCGUUAAUACGGACACUUUCUAUGGCCCCCUUAGAGUCCGUAUGUACGGGGUUUCACUGUAUCACGAACCUAAGACGAUUUUCACAUGUGACAGUUUUCCUUGUCCCUGGAGAAUGAAAGCCCUGAGAUUUUUCUUAAUUCAACCCUCUUAAUACGAACACCUCGUUAAUACGAACACUUUCUAUACCCCCCUUAGAGUCCGUAUGUACGGGGUUUCACUGUAUCACGAACCUAUUAAAGAUUAUUUUCACUAAUAUGUAAAACGGAAUUACAACGAUUCAAUGUGAUACAACCCCAUCAUCUCGAGAAUAUCUGAAGGAAUUCCCCUUAUUCUCUGCAACUGCUGAUGCCUCUUAGUUUCUUUAAACAUUCUGUUUAAUCUUUCGAUUAACGAAUUGUGAACGUCUUAUAGUAAGGUUUUUUGCUUUCCUAUAAAUACUAACAUUUACCGAUUUUUUUUUUUUUUUUUUUUUUUAGAAUGUCUUCAAAGGGAUAGAUAAACAAAGUGAGAUCGGGUUUCUGUCCUUAUUUGAACAUUACAAAUCAUGCGAGGUUGGUGAUGACUAGAGAUAUUAGCGAGCUUAAGCAACGGUGACGGCGACGGCGACGGCAACGAGGACGGGAAAAAAGCAAUAGGUUUAGAGCCUGUUUACAUGGAGGUGGGGGACCCCAGGUAGGGGAGGUAACCCGCUUAGGUCGGGUAACCCACCUCUCCAUAUAAUCUCCCAUUUUAAUUUGAUCACGUUUACAUGAUAGGUGGGGUGACCCGGUGUAUGUUACCUCACCUAUCUGGAGUCCCCCACCGCCAUGUAAACAGACCCUUAGAUUCGCAAAACAAUACGCUUUUUUGUGCAUUUCUUCGUCGUUGUUGCACGACUACAACGUGAAGGUGCCUAAUUUCACGUUUUGUCGAGGACGAGAACAUGCGACUUUCUUUUCCUGUACUUUGAUACAGUCCUUUAGAAUUCAACUACAAAAAAUUUGCCAACAUUUGACGAGUUAAACGAGAUGCUAUAAGCGCGAUAGAAUUUGAGGCAACGCGAAUUCACUUUUCAGGUGACUUUUUCGUAGUCGUUGUUGUCGUUGUUGCUUAAGCUGCCUAUUUCUUUGGGUAGAGAGGAAAGAAGGGGGGCGGGGGUGUGAUGAAAGGGGCCGGGAGGUGCUUACCCACUGUCACCGUCUUUAGGGAGUUUAAGCAGCUACGUUUUUGAGCGACGCAAGUCAACCGGAAGUGAAUUUUUUUUUCUAUGUGCCUUUUCUCUUAUGUGUUCAAAAUCACGGCUCAAGAGUGCAAAAAGUACACUUCCGGUUGACGUGCGUCGCUCAAAAACGUCGCUGCUUAAAUUGCCUUUUAUUUUUCUGCACACCUCCAAGGCUGCUUCCUGUUCCUCCUAGUUUAAGUGGAACAGAACUCGUUGUUCUUCUUUAAUACAUUGAGGCAAACCUUAGGGUGGAGCUCCCGUCCAUAAUAGUGGACCUUGGAAAUGAACAGACUGUUAGACGUCUCGUAGCCGUCGCCGUCGCCGUCGCCGUCCUUGUUGCUUAUUGCAGGCAUUCAACCGUCUGGAUAGAGCCAAGCUCUGUAGAUAGGCUGGUUGACAUGCGUUGGUUUGUAACGUCCCGAGUAGAAAAUAAAGGCGACUGAAAUAAUCCAGAUUAUUAUAUGGAAAUCAGGCUUAAGGUUUAACCCUUUAUGUCCCACGGGUGACCAACAUCAAUUAUCUCCUAACAAUAUUUGUACAUUAUCAAGAGACCGGGUUAUGAGAAUUAAUAAAGUCAUCACUUAAGUGAAGAUGCUUUGAUCUUAAAUCAUAUUCUCUAAACUUGUUUUUCAAGGAAAUGUAAGGAGAUCAGUGUGAGGAAUUUUUAUGUUGAUAUUGGGGCUUAAUGUUUAACCGGCGUAUAGUUCAAAGGAGCAGUUUUGCUACCCUGCAGAACAGGCGUUAUUUUUCGCGUUUCUCAAACAAACUGCUGUGAUAAACAUAUAAGGAAAUAUAAACGCAUUUUUGUUUAUCACCGCUGUUUGCUUUUUGUUUCUUCUUCAGCUUAGAUGGCCAAACAACAUGAGUAUCUACGAUGUACUGACAAAAUUCAUCAUUUCAUUUGUUACAGGUUGGUGUGAAUUACAAGACUCCCAAUUAUCCUAUUUGGGUGAUAUGCAGCGAGAGUCACUUCAGUGUCUUGUUCUCUAUCGACAGAAACCUCUUGGACGACUGGUAAGCUUAUAAUGACUAGUAAAUGGCCGUAUUUACACUAGAGACGGAUUAUCCAUUGGAUAAUUCGCGUCAGACAGAUAAUACGUCUUAGUUUUGGAUGGACAAUCCACCUGACUUCAUCCAUCUGUAUUUCCUUCAAUUUUGACGGAUUUUCAAGAUGGAUUAUCCGUCUCAAACGGAUAAUCCGUCUCCAGUGUGAAAACAGCCAUUGAUACUAGCCAAUUUACGGCAUUUGAACUUAUCAGCCUGUUUUUAUUCUUCCUAAAGACUUCUAUUCUUUGAUGUUGUCACUGAAAGCCAUUUAUGUAGUAAUGAGGAGUUUUAUUCCUUCCGUUUUGUUAAAAACACUGAUGGUGUAAAAGGGAUGCUACGUCCUGGUCACUUAUAGUGCUUUACCGAAGCGUUAAAAAAUUACGUCUAUCAGCGACCAGUUUACAGGCAAAUGAUGAUGGUCGGACACCAACUGUAUGAAGGAGUGGGAAACUGUCCACUUACCCCUCCCCUAAGCCAACAUUAACACUUACUUCUCACUUAGGGCAAAAUGUUGGCUUAGGGGAGGGGUAGGUGGGCAGUCUCCCAGAAACGUAUAAUGAUCAGAUCAAAGCGUGCAAACUCAGAGGCAACGUUUUGGUAUCGAGGUUUCUCGGUUACUGACCACCUACCCCUCCCCUAAGUCGACGUUAACUUUUAUUUCUCACUAAGGGUAAAAUUGUUACAUAGGGGAGGGGUAGGUGGUCCAAGCUUUGGGCACCUCCAAGGGAAAUUGGACCCAGAGUACUCUUGUUAGACGCUUAUACUAAGCUUAGCAAGCCAUGGUGCCCACACGACCGAGGCUUCUCCCAGUCUCUUUAGUAUGAGAAACCUGGGUGUAAUGCUUUCCUCCCCCGCCAUCUCUCCCGCUAGGAAAGGAAACUUCUGCAUGUGGGCUAUCGCAGGGUUACCGCUAGCAGUAUGUCGCCGGGUUCCGUUAAUACACAUGAGUGAGGAGAGACAACGUUAAGGAAUGAACGCGAUGGCAGGGCUUGAAACCUGAACUACGGAUCCUAAGCCAGAGGUCCUUGCUGGCCGGAAGUCCUAGUCAUAAUUGUUGAAGCACUCGCGGAUUUCUUCGCCCCUUCGCUUCAAUGUUUAUACAAAAAGUCCAAGCAAUCUUUUAAAACCAACACUGGGAGAAGGAGACCUUAAGGGAAUCGGAGCAUGUAUUCGUGGAAUGACUUGGUUUAUCUUGUUUUUUCAAGAUUAUGAUAGUGAUUGCAGGAUUGGAUGUGUGGAUAAUGUGCUAUCUAACUGCAAUAUAGGAGUCGAUGUAGGCUCUAACGAUUGAUUGUUUGUUUGAUUGAUUGAUUGAUUGAUCGAUCGAUUAAUUGAUUGACAUACACAGGAGGUUAGAGAAGAAGUUUGAUCUUUAUUACUAUGAUGGUCUGGCACGGCAGGAUGAGGAGUUAAGAUUGACAGUUGGUGAGUAAGCAUUACUUCCUGUAAACUGCCAUAGUGUAAGCUAUAUGGUCUUGCUUGGGUACAUGGCUGUUACAGGCUAGCUAAUGGCCUAGAAAAAAGAUACUUCAAGGUCAUGAAAAAGUCAGGGAAGUUAUUUUGAGUCAGGAAAAAUUGAAAUACUUAACAAAAACUAAGGGAAAUUGAAAUUUUAAUUCCACGGGUUAAAUACCAUUAAUAUGGAAAAACGCAUUUCAGGUUAAUAUAAUCUCAGAGAUGUCUUUUGUUGAUGAAAUUACGAUAGCGUCCCUGUAAUAUGUAUGACAUCAUCUCAUUUCAACUGAAGCCUCCUUUUUCAUGAAAGAAAGAUAAAAAGGUGUUUGGCAAAUAAAAACAAGAAGAAAAAAAAGAAAAGAAAAAAAAAAUCAACACUAUGAAAGCGUAUUACAAAACGUACAUUUUAGGUGCCUGAAAAAGCCGUUUAAUUGUGGACGGCAGAAGACUUAAAACGGAGAAAAAAAUGGUUUCAAAAAUAUUCGGAUACGUGUGGACGGAGCCUUUAAGUAAUUUCAUCUUUCUCUUGAUAAAGAUACAACAAAAGAAUGCCCAGAAUACAAGGACACUGAUCUUGUGCCUCCACUGGAACACUGCAUACGAACAAGGUGA